AUGACUGAGAUAUCUACUGGAAAAAAAGCAUUUGAUGGCGUUCCUUUGGAUACUAAACUUGCUGUAAAAAUUUGUAAUGGAUACCGACCAGAACUUGGUGAAGGAACUCCAAAAUUCUUUGUAAAAUUGGCCAAGAGAUGUAUGAAUUCUGAUCCAAAAAAACGACCAACGAUUAGUGUCGUCAGUUCAAGAAUUAUCUAUUGGCUUGACGAGAUAGAACAGGAUGAACCGGAUGAAGAUGAUAACGAUAUCAAAAAACAAUUCUUAGAGGCUUGUAAAAUCAUACCAAAUAUCGAAUCAUCGAAUCAUUCGAGUCAUAUGAAUAAUAUCGAAACAACAAAUCAUUCGAGUCAUAUGUAUACGAGCAAACUGAUUGACAUAAAAAAGGUAAAUGAAGCUUUAAAUUUGCAUAUUUAG